UAGGAGUAUGGCUAAAUUCAGAGUUAGAGUAUCCACCGGGGAGGCCUGCGGGGCUGGCACAUGGGACAAAGUGUCUGUCAGCAUCGUGGGAACCGAGGGAGAGAGCCCUUUAAUACCGCUGGACCAUCUGGGCAAGGAGUUCACUGCCGGUGCUGAAGAAGACUUCAAGGUGACGCUCCCCCAGGACGUUGGCGCCGUGCUGCUGCUCCGCGUGCACAAGGAGCCCCCGGAGCUGCACCUCCCGCUUGGGUCCCUCCCGCGGGACGCCUGGUUCUGCCGCUGGUUCCAACUGGAGUGGCUGCCCGGGGCUGCGCUCCGCUUCCCGUGCUAUCAGUGGCUGGACGGGGCGGCCGAUCUGGUGCUGCGAGAGGGAGCAGCCAAGGUCUCCUGGGAAGACCACCACCCUGUGCUCCAGCACCAGCGCCAGGAGGAGCUGAAGGCCAGGAAGGAGUUGUACAGCUGGAAGACUUAUGUUGAAGGUUGGCCUCGAUGCCUCGACCAGGAGGCUGUGAAGGACCUGGACCUCAACAUCAAGUACUCUGCAACCAAGAACGCCAGAUUCCACUUCAAAGCCUGGACCGCGUUCACAGAGAUGAAGAUCAAAGGGUUCUUGGACCGCACAGGACUCUGGAGGAGCCUGAGGGAGAUGAGGAGGAUGUUUAACUUCCACAGGACUCCAACAGCAGAGUAUGUGUUUGCACACUGGCAGGAAGAUGCCUUCUUUGCCUCCCAGUUCCUAAACGGCCUCAACCCAGUCCUGAUCCGCCGCUGUCGCAGCCUCCCAGAGAACUUCCCAGUCACUGAUGAAAUGGUGGCCCCCGCGCUGGGCCCCGGGACAAGCCUGCAGGCUGAGCUGGAGAAGGGCUCCCUGUUCUUGGUGGAUCAUGGCAUCCUUUCUGGAGUCCAAACCAAUGUCAUCAAUGGAAAGCGUCAGUUCUCCGCAGCCCCGAUGACCCUCUUACACCAGAGCUCGGGGUCCGGGCCCCUGCUCCCCAUCGCCAUCCAGCUCAAACAGACUCCUGGGCCCGAUAACCCCAUCUUCCUGCCCAGCGAUGACAAGUGGGACUGGCUGCUGGCCAAGACCUGGGUGCGCAAUGCCGAGUUUUCUGUCCACGAGGCCCUCACACAUCUGCUGCACUCACACCUCCUGCCAGAAGUCUUUGCUCUGGCCACGCUACGUCAGCUGCCCCACUGCCACCCACUCUUUAAGCUGCUGAUCCCCCACAUCCGGUACACACUACACAUCAACACGCUUGCCCGCAAGCUGCUCAUCGCCCCUGGGCAGGUGAUAGACAGGUCCACAGGCCUCGGCACCAGGGGAUUCUCUGAGCUGAUAAAGAGAAGCAUGGCGCGACUGAACUAUUCUAUCCUGUGUCUCCCCGAAGACAUCCGAGCCCGAGGUGUGGAAGACAUCCCAGGCUACUAUUACCGAGAUGAUGGGAUGCGGAUCUGGGGAGCAAUAAAGAGCUUCGUCUCUGAGAUCGUCAGCAUCUACUACCCGAGUGAUACAUCUGUCCGAGAAGACCAAGAGCUCCAGGCCUGGGUGAGGGAGAUCUUCUCUGAGGGUUUCCUUGGGCGAGAAAGCUCAGGUGUCCCCUCCUUGUUGGAUACCCAGGAAGCCCUGGUCCAGUAUAUCACCAUGGUGAUAUUCACCUGCUCGGCCAAGCACGCAGCCGUGAGUGCAGGCCAGUUUGACUUCUGUGUCUGGAUGCCCAACCUGCCACCUACCAUGCAGCUGCCACCCCCUACUUCCAAAGGCCAGGCUCGGCCCGAGGGGUUCAUAGCCGCUCUCCCGCCAGUCAAUGCCACCUGUGACAUCAUCACUGCCCUCUGGAUGCUAAGCAAAGAGCCUGGGGACCGAAGGCCCCUGGGCCACUACCCAGAUGAAUACUUCACGGAGGACGCCCCACGCCGAAGCAUGGCUGCCUUCCAGAGACAGUUGGUCCAGAUCUCUAGUGCCAUCAGGGAACGGAACCGAAGCCUGCCACUGCCCUAUGCCUACCUGGACCCUCCCCUCAUUGAGAACAGUGUCUCCAUCUGACUUCUCGGGGAAGAUGGUCCCAUGUGACAUACAGACCUCCUGACCAUGUCACUCCA